CAAAUGGCCUGUAGCCAAUCAGGAGCAGCCACAGUGUGUUUUGGAAACAACAUUGCUGCUGUAAAGUCCCCCGUUUUACGGACCACACAUAGACAGUUCUAGAUGCUGUUCGGUCCGCGACGUUCCUCAGUUACAGAUCAGGUUUGCCGCCAUUCCAGCCUUGUUGUCGACAGACUGCGUAACAUAGCUUCCCUGUUCCUGACUAGUGUUGUCGCAAAUACCAUCAUCCCUUCUCGAAGCCGCAUCAAGUCACUGAAAAGUGAAAAUGGAUUUAGGAGAUUCUCAACAAAAGACGACUAGUCUCCUCGUUAAAACGCCCAACCAGGCUCAGGAGGAUCAAAUCAUCGAAGGGGUCGAUAUGAAGUGGACUGUAAAUGACCUUAAGGCUCAUUUUUCCAGAGUUUAUCCCACCAAACCGGCUGUAAGUGACCAGAGACUGAUCUUUGCCGGCAAACUGCUGCCCGAUCAUCUGCACAUCAAGGAUCUUUUCAGACAGACGGACUCCAUUCCCAUUCUGCACCUCGUAUGCACCGUGAGGAAUCCACCCCAAGCAGCAACGAUGACCAAAGAGACAGAACAACCACAUCCCUCUAGUUUAAGCCCACCUGUUCAGACUCCCAGUGCAUCAGAGCUCAGGCAGAGGAGGCAGACAUCUUCAGCAGCUGCUACUCCGAUCCACACCCAGACAUCUCCAUGGCCUGCUUCAACACUGGCUGCAGCAUCACAGUUGACCCAGCCAGCCUUUCCUUCCUUAUCUCUGUACAGCCCUCAGCAGCUCCUGUGGCUCCAGCAUGUCUACGCAAGACAAUAUUACAUGCAGUACCAUGCAGCUAUGGCAGCGGCAGGCUCUGCCCCCCCAAUGUCUGUAGCAACCAUUGGCCAAUACGCACCUGUUCCCGCCCACCAAGUUCCUGUCCCAGCCCCUAUAGCCAAUCAGAACCCUAUUGACAACCUGCCAGUGAAUCAGCACCCGGUGCAGGACGGCGCUUUCAUCAACCCUGGGGAGGCCAAUCAGAACAUGCGAAUGAACGCCCAGGGCGGGCCCAUGAUGGAGGACGAAGAGGACAUAGAGCGCGACUGGCUAGACUGGUUGUACUCGGUGGCAAGACUCAGUGUCCUACUCAUGAUCGUUUACUUCAACUCAAACCUGAGCCGCUUUCUACUGGUGAUGAGCACGCUCUUCAUCAUGUAUCUACACACUAUGGGCUGGUUUCCCUUCAGAAGACCAGCACCGGCCCACGCACCCAACCUCCAGCGCCCUGAGGCCCAGCGCCCUGAGGUCCAACAUGACCAGCUGAAUGAGAACAGGAACCCAGACCUCAAUCCUGCUGACGAGCAGGCUGACGGGCAGAUGGUGGAACAUGCAGCUGAAGAAUUCGAGGAGCCAAUGAUAGCAGUUUUAGUUCCUCCUCACAGGGUGUCAAUCAUGUGGACAGCCUGGGUGUUCUUUAAAACUUUCUUCUCCUCCCUCAUACCUGAGGUUCAAGGCGUGGCCAACUGAGCCCCUGGGACCGCAGCUGUUAGCUUAUAACGGUAACUGAAGAGCAUGCUAGGAUCCUAUGAGCUCCUGUGCAGCAGCAAUUCUUUUAGGAAGUGGCAAACCGAACACCAGCAAAUUGAGGACAAAGAAUGUAGAUGGUACCAAAAGACUAAAAACUGACAGUUCACUGCUAGUUUCAGGUUUCUACCCCACCAUCAUGUUUUAUGCUUCAUCAGAAGGUCUUUUAACAGGCAGAAGGUGAAACCUGAAAGUUAAAGAAUGAAUCUCUGCGUUUUGCAUUAGUUUGUUUACACAGGUUUCCUCUUCCAGUAUGAGGCCAUUCAAAUUUCUUUGGAUUAAAAAUGGUCUUCACACACUGUUACCAAUAGGUUUUGGUCGCCUGAAUCUGUUUUAGACUCUCUGAAAGAACAGGUGGCUGCACAUUUUCAACACAGAUGUUUUAUACUUUCAAGCUGUGUUCUCUCUUUAUGGAUGUAAAGUAACUGGUGGGAUCUUCUGGAAACCGGCUGAAACAAAUGCUGACCUUAACCGUAGAUGAUUUGCAGGUGUGUCACUGUAUAAACUUAAAAGUUCAAAUUUUAUUUAAUUUCAGGAAGCAAAAAUCUGGUUUAGGUGACAAAUGUCAGUUUCAGGAAGGAACAUUUUGUCUUUAAACUGAAAAAGAAAUUUGCGUCUUGGAUGAAACAAGGAAAACAAAGUUUGGUCACAAUUUGUUUUAUGUUUUAUUCCAGCUUUUAGGUUUUUAGGUGGAUUCUUUUUAUUGAAAUGUUCUAUGUUACCAAACAUGAAUGUUUCUGCUAAACUGAUCUGAAAAGUAGUUAAAGGAGCAUUGUUUAAAUAAAAAGCUGUAAAUAUAUUGUAUGUACACAACGCACUUUACAUCUGACAUUUAUCGUAUGCAAGCUUCUGAAUAUAGGGAGGUUAUGACUCAUGGAUAUUAUGACCUCCUAAGGGCUCAGAGCUCUUUCUUGUUUUUGCACAAAAUAACAGAGUUAAAAUUACAGAUCAAAUUCCAAAUAAAAGUAAAAUACGUUAUAUGGAGAAAAUGACUUUUUGUCAAUUCUGGUUGCAUUGCAAAUUUUGUGAUUAAAUACAUUAUUCCUCUUUAUACCAUUUUUAUCUCAUUGUGUUGCAUGGGAAUUAAUAAGAUACAUACAUGACAGCAAUCUUCCAUCACUUCAUUCUUUUGCAUGAUUUUCGAUCUGUAACGAUAAAUAACUCUGUAAAGCCUGGAAGUAACUUCUAAGUAAAGGAAUGGAUCCUGUAUAUUUUCUGCACUUCAUUUAAGCUGUAAACUUAUUAGGGAAGGAAAAAUGAUUGUGACAUUGAUCACUGUGCACAGUGGAAAAUUAGAUUUUUGUUUUUAUGUCUAUCCUGCAAAAGUUUUCCUUGCUUGUACAUUGUGUGUUUGUUGGAAGUUUGUUAUAACGGAUGCAAUAAAUGUUUCUAUGUCAAAUGA